UUUCAUAACUGAAGAAUCUUUAAUUUAGACUAGUAAUGGUAAUAUACCUGAAAUCUUCACAUAUAUGAAUGGUAGGUGUCAAACACUGUCGUGUAGUAACGUCAAAGGAAUGUGUCCUCACUGUGUUAUUAACUCGAGAUAAGAUCUUCAAUUUUUUUCUUUGUGGUUCAGGACUUCUUUAGUUGUUCCGAAUGUGUUCAGUGAAGUGUUCGUGGAAGGGUUACCCAGUUUUGUUUUUUGUCGAACUUUUAUGUCAGUUAUUAUGAUAAAAUUAAACUUAGUUUAUAAAUUAUAGAUUCAAAUAAGCUUCCUUCAGUUCUCAGGAAAGUUCAAUAGCAAAUAAUACGGAAAUUCUUAAUUUGAUCUGUUUUAACACUUCUAAUUUCAACAACUGCAGUAAAAAAUUUGAAAAAUUAUUAUUUUGAAAUAUUUUAACCCAAAGCGAUAUAAAAAAAAACCUCCACAAAAAUCCUAUGAACUGAAUCGUGCUACACGUAGUGUUAAUUUUGAUUGGUACUGAUACUAUGCCCUUAAACUAAAGGAAUCUGAAGUGAUACCAAGAAACUCGCAUUUUUAAUUACUCUGAAAAUUUUCAUGCUACUUCAGAAAUGUAUGUUCAUAACUGGUCUCAAACAGUUUACAGCAUUUGGCUUUAAGCAUACUUUUUCUAAUACUGCACCAGCUUUCCAUUUCAUAUUUAAAAACACAAUAAUGACGUCGGUAACUUCGAGUGUAAGUACAUCACCAUCUUCAAGUUCGACAAAAGGAAUUUCAAACGUUAAAAUCAAAUUUUUAAGCCAGCAGGAAGCUAUUAAGAUAGAUGAAGAGUUGUUUAAUGAAUAUGCAUAUAGUGUGGACCAGCUGAUGGAGCUAGCAGGCUUGAGUGUGGCAACAGCUAUAGCCAAGUGUUAUCCUUUAAAUAGUAUGGCCCAUGGAGGAACUGUUCUAGUUUGUUGUGGGCCUGGAAACAAUGGAGGAGAUGGUCUGGUGUGUGCACGACACCUUAGUUUAUUUGGGUAUAAACCAUCUGUCUUUUAUCCUAAAGAGUCAAACAAACAGUUGCUGAAGAACUUAACUAUACAAUGCCAAGAAAUGGAAAUUCCCUUUUUACCAUCCUUGCCUGAUGCACAGCAUAUAUCAAAAUCAUACAAUGUAGUUAUAGAUGCUCUUUUCGGCUUUAGUUUCAAGCCUCCUGUUCGACCAGAAUUUAUUCAGGUGUUGGAAACGUUGAAGAAUAUUCACAUUCCUCUGUGUAGUGUUGAUAUCCCAUCAGGUUGGGAUGUUGAAAGUGGCAAUUCAGAAGGCUUGCAACCCGAGUUUCUAAUAUCCUUGACUGCUCCUAAAAAAUGUGCUGAGCUUUUUCAAGGAAAGUAUCAUUGGUUAGGUGGUAGGUUUAUCCCACCUCAACUGGAAAAAAAAUUUCAAUUAAAUCUACCUCCUUAUCCUGGGACAGAUUGCUGUUUACAACUCUUCACGUGAAAACAGAACAAGUUGAUUUAAGAAAAUACUUGAACCUUAUUUUUCGUAAUCUAGUUUGACACACGUAAUUAGGUGGGUCUGUUUGUUAUGUUUCACUUACUGCAUUUGUAUUUAGUUAUUAGAGUUUUGUGCUUCUAAACAUCUUAAGAAAUUAUUUUAAACAUUGAAAUGAUCAGGUCCAAACUGUUAUUAAUGGCCCUAAAAAUAUAAGAACAUUAUCUCGAUGAUUCUGAGGAAAUUUCUUAGAUUUGCAAAUUAGCAAUUAUGUAGUACUUAGAAUAAAUGAUUGUUUCUGACCAACUGUGGGUUCAUAAUAAAGGUUUAUUGUUUAUAUGUAGUA